AAGUGUGUGCUCCCCGCUUAAGGGCCAAAGCACAUAACAUGGCGUAGCGAUGUACCACGGUCGUAGUCCUCGACCUGACAGAUCAGGAUACGCCAAAGCUUGUGCGUUAUUACUUACGUCCUCGAUUACGACUGUGCUUUAGCCCUAAGAGAGACUGUUAGAAAAAGACAAAGAGUGAAUUGAACUAAAGUUCAAAUUAAACGACGUUGGUGAAAAAGGGCAUUAGUAUCUAAGAAUAUGAUUUGAAUCGGGAUUAAAUAGUGUAAGUAGUGACCGUGUACUUCAAUCAAGGGAUGAGAAUCGUUGAAUAAUAUCAUUUGAUAAAGUGAUAAGUCAACUCUAAUUACAUUGAACACGAUAACAAAAUGUUGGGCAACUUUGUCGGUUACUUGUUCGGAAGUAACUAUUCUGGCACGCAAGAUUCGCUUGAAGAAGAUCCUCGAACUCGGGGGAUCAUGCGGAGAUUCAGGCAAGUGGAAGUCGAGGACGAUGAAUGGAUCCUCAUUGACCGAACUGUUGAGGGUACGCUGGAGGAGCCGUGGUAUGAAAUGCCACCCGCAGUGUUCACGCAGGAAGGACCCGUAAAAGUGGCAACCUCACCCAUGGAAAAUUUGCUAAUAGAACAUCCUAGCAUGUCCGUCUAUUCCGUCGUAUCAGGGACGAUGACAUCUCCCCCUGUCACACCAGAUACUCCGCCCCCCUCACCAGAUGGAUGGACAAAAAGCCAAAAGAAUGUUACUGUUUUAUGUAACGCUGACGUUCUCGAAGAAAUCCCUGCGGCAUCGCCAGCUGAUCUCUCGUCCUCCACGUCCACGUUGUGCACCAUGUCCACAUCUUUAGAUAGCAGUUCAGAUCGAAGUAACAUUGAUGAACUCUCACGCAGAGUUGUUGCAGAAUUGCAAGCCAUCCACAGUGACAAACUACCUGCAUCUGAUAGCAAUAAUAACCGAGUUAGAAUUGGAAAUCAACUUCGUUCUGCUCAGGAACGAGCUCAAGAGGUGUUAAAGAAGCGCACGACUCAGAACCUGAAGAAAGCCCGUCUGGAAAGAAACAAUAAAGCGCGCCAAAUAAAAGGCAAGCGACUUCGUCGCCAAGACCGUUUACGUGUUCGUCACAGUGGCGCCAAUAACAAUCGAAAAUGCUAGUCAUCUGAUCUCAGGCCAAAAUGUACUUAAGCUUCUUCCUAAAAUGACCAACGCUACAAUAUAUAAAUAGUUACUCGGUAAAAUUUCGUUGCAAUGAUAAAAAAUAGGGCGAUAUAUUUAUAAGAAUUGUGCAAGUUCAGUGAGCACGUGUGUGUAGCGUGUUAUGCCCGUGUCAUACUAGCGAUUGGCGAUUGCGUCUACGUUUGCGUUUACGUCUCUUGCCCAAUCAGAAAGUAGCUGCUAGCAAUUGCAAUUCGCGAUUUUCGUUCUGAUUGGUCAAAAGACGUAGACGCAAACGUAAACGUAAUCGCCAAUCGCUAGUAUGAUACGGGUAUUAGCAGUGCUAGCAGUGUACUAGCAGUUUGCCAAUAGUUUUGAGCGACAGAUCGGUAUCAAACUUAUGUUCUGUCAACAGAUUGCCAGUAGAAACCAAGCGAAAUUUGUGAUUCCGUAAUUAUUUAAAUAUAAUGUAUCUAUUAUUUAAAUGAUAAUAAAAUGGGGUACAUUCUAUUCGGUUUCGGCAGUCGAUUUGUCAUCAUUCCAUUAGUACAUUCUAUUAGUACAUUCUGUUCUAUUUCUACUGGCAUUCUGUCGACGAAAUUUGUAGUAGAUACUUUGUAAAAUCUGUUUUCGACACAGAUAUGAUUACCUGAGAAAUUUAUUCAUUACGAAAAAGAGCCGAAUGGUCCUAGAGACUUUCAGGCAAGAGUUUGAUUGCUGUAUUUUAUAUCGAAUAUAGUAACAAUAUUUAAACAAUUAUCAGCAAGCAUAACUCACUAAUGAUUGGAUAUAUAUUGUAAAAAAUGAUUGAUUACACUAUUUAACAAAGAAUGAAUUUUCGAGGGUAAUCGUUUCCCGUAGUUUUUGUAGGCGCUAAAAUAUGAGCAAAUUUCUCAUAAUUGUAACGUGAUAUAGCAACUUGGUAAAUGGAUUAUAUUCGGCGCCCUAAAACCACGAAGAGAAACGAUUAUUUUUGUUCUCGUGCAUUUUUCUUAAUAGUGUUAUUGUAUGCGCAGUUGUAAUAAUUUAAACAUAUCAAAUAAUUUUCAAUGAGAACGCUUUCUGUAAAUUAUGAAAAGAAAAUAUUAAAAUGAUGAAGUCAAUUUAAUUCUUUGAACUAAACCAGAUAUUAAAGAGUUCAAAAAUCAGAUUUUUGCUCGAAAGUCUCUAAUUCCAUUUUAACUUUUGAAAAAAAAAAAAGAUCAAUUUUAUCAUUAAUUUAUAAUCGGGAUAUUCAUCAUUAAAUAUCUCAAUAUCCAGAUAAAAAAAACAACGUUUUUCAAAACUGACUUUCUAAAGUGAAAUAUGUUUGUUUUAAUUGUUAAUAUCAAUUUUAUAUAUCGCAUUAUAAACACGGUGUCCCAAAAGUCCCGGAAUGGUCAAAUAUCUCGAAAAAUAUGGAAGAUACAGAAAAACGUUUUAGAUAAAAGUUGUAGGGUUUCAAAAGAUCUAUUUACUGACCUUAUCAGUUUGACCACAAGUAGCGUCGUUAAGAUCAAGUCAGGGUCACUUUAAAUUUUUUAAAUUGGACCUCCUAUUUUUUAUUACAUGUUCUUGUAACCCUUGUCGAAACGUUUUCAAAAUACUAUAAUGGAGUUCUCUUUCGUAAAGAAUUUCCUGAAAUACUUAAAUUUUGUCAGAUUAUUUUUAAUAUAAAAUAUGAAAUAUCUCGUAAAAUACUCACUUUUCGAUGAGUUUACUUUGAUAUUUUUAUACGUAAGAUAAUAAAAGGAAUCGAAUAAUUAUAUUAACGUUUAUAUUUGCAAUUUUGU